CGAGCAGAGGAUUCCCGCAGGUAGUUGGAAGGAGACCACAGACAUUGAGGGGCGCUCACUCAGGACCUACUCUUCACCCAGUCUCUCCGGAAAAGUAGUGCUGAGGGCGCGAUGAGCUACUUUCUGGAUUCUGCUGUGAGCGGCCCUGCCCCUUGCUCAGCGGGGAGACCUGCGGUGCUGAGGCAGGGGCCCAUCAACUCUUAUGAAGAUCCUCGAAUGGCCUGUGGUUUCCAGUCCGCUUACCACCCGCCGAGGGCGUGUUACCCCUUCUGGGACGAGACGGCCACUCAAGAAGUGCCCACCGGUCUCGAACACUGUGGCUCAGAUAUGGAAUGUGCAGAUGUCCCACUGUUAACUCCAAGCAGCAAGGAAAUGAUGUCUCAAGCCUUGAAAGCUACGUUCAGUGGUUUCUCUAAAGAGCAGCAACGUCUGGGGAUUCCAAAAGACCCCCGGCAGUGGACCGAGACGCAUGUUCGGGACUGGGUGAUGUGGGCUGUCAAUGAAUUCAGCCUGAAAGGCGUGGACUUCCAGAAGUUCUGCAUGAACGGAGCGGCCCUCUGUGCGCUGGGGAAAGACUGCUUUCUUGAGCUGGCCCCAGACUUUGUUGGGGACAUCUUGUGGGAGCAUCUCGAGAUCCUGCAGAAAGAGGAUGUGAAACCGUAUCAGGUGAACGGAGUGAACCCUGCCUACCCCGAGUCCCGCUAUACCUCGGAUUACUUCAUCAGCUAUGGUAUCGAGCAUGCGCAGUGCGUCCCUCCCUCGGAGUUCUCUGAGCCCAGCUUCAUCACCGAGUCCUACCAGACUCACCCCAUCAGCUCGGAGGAGCUGCUCUCCCUGAAGUAUGAGAAUGACUACCCCUCGGUCAUCCUCCGGGACCCGCUGCAGACCGACACCUUGCAGACCGACUACUUUGCCAUCAAACAAGAGGUGGUGACCCCAGACAACAUGUGCAUGGGGCGGACCAGUCGUGGUAAGCUCGGGGGUCAGGACUCCUUCGAGAGCAUCGAGAGCUACGACAGUUGUGACCGCCUCACCCAGUCCUGGAGCAGCCAGUCCUCCUUCAACAGCCUGCAGCGCGUCCCCUCCUACGACAGCUUUGACUCCGAGGACUAUCCAGCCGCCCUGCCCAACCACAAGCCCAAGGGCACCUUCAAGGACUAUGUGCGUGACCGUGCUGACCUCAACAAGGACAAGCCUGUCAUCCCCGCUGCGGCCCUGGCGGGCUACACAGGCAGCGGCCCAAUUCAGCUGUGGCAGUUUCUUCUGGAAUUACUCACCGAUAAAUCCUGUCAGUCUUUUAUCAGCUGGACAGGAGAUGGCUGGGAAUUCAAGCUCUCUGACCCCGAUGAGGUGGCCAGGAGAUGGGGGAAGAGGAAAAACAAACCCAAGAUGAAUUAUGAGAAACUGAGCCGCGGCCUUCGCUACUAUUACGACAAGAACAUCAUCCACAAGACGGCGGGCAAGCGCUACGUGUACCGCUUCGUGUGCGACCUGCAGAGCCUGCUGGGCUACGCGCCCGAGGAGCUGCAUGCCAUGCUGGACGUCAAGCCCGACGCGGACGAGUGAUGGGCCCGCCGGGGCGCCGGGAGGCCCUGCUGAGACGUUGCGGAGCACAACCACGUCGCGCGGACUCUUACUUUUUCCUUGUUAUUCUAUUUGUAAUUUUCCAGAACUCAUUUUUUCUUACAUUCAGGGGUGGGAGCUAAGAGAGCUGCGGCUGAGCAGUUGUGUGUGUUUGGAGACGGGAAGCCUGGACUUGCGGGGGUGGGUGGGACAAGAAAUUCUUGAGCGGAUAUUCAGGAGAGAGAGGAGGGUCUUCUUAGAAGCCUGAAGCAUCUGGCUGAAGGGAGGAAGAGACUAACGUGUCUGAUCAUUUUUUUUUUAAAUCAUCCAUAAAAAAAGAUGUGUCUUGAGUUAAGGACCUAUUAGCAAAAGAAAUUGAUGCAUCAGGAGUCACAAGACUAAUAAAAGGCAAUUAAUUUGCUUUUGUUUUUAGGUCUGGGCAGACAGAAAAGGGGGAGGUGGGAUAAAACCUUUGUUUGGGGGAUGCACUGAAAACCCAGGACUGUUUUCCUUCUAUCCUACUUUUAAAACAAAGAUGGACUUCAGUGGGGUGGGGCCAAAACCGUUUUGUGUUAAAAUUUUUUCUAUUAAAUUUUGUGCCAGUAUUUUUUUUUUCUUAAAAAUCGUCUUAAGCUCUAAGGUGGUCUCAGUAUUGCGGUAUCAUGCAAGUUUGUUUUUAUUGGCCGGCUGAGGAUUCUGUCACAGUGAAAGGAAACUGUUUAUAUAGACCCCCUGGAAAGGCAAAGUGCUGUCACUGAGAUCAGGGACCCCAAAUUCAUGUGACUCACAGAUGAAGGAAAAAAUAAUGCUGAUUUGGGUGCAAGGAACUGCGCAGGUGAAUUUCACCUAUAAUUUUUUAAAAAUUAUGAUCAUGCCCCUCUACUUGCUUGUCAUUGGUGUGUUCUCGGGGUUUGGACCUAACAUUGAGCUAAGAAGCAUUAAGUCUUUGAACUGAAUGUAUUUUGCAGCCCUGGUUUUGGACCACAGUAAACAUAGAAGCACUGCAGACGUCAUGGGAAGGGAAUCGGGGGGGAAGACUGACCUGGUUCUUUACUGGUUUGUACCUGUAACAGACGUGACUUGGAAUCAAACCUGUAUGCAUGGGCAUUACCCCUCAGGUCUUAAGAAGUAAGCCCUGAACGCAUGUCAUUCCAAACUAACACUCUGUGCUUUCUGCUUCGCAUCUCAUUUUCCCCAGCAUCCCACAUCGCCUGCUUCCCCCCACUUCAUCAGCAGAGAGAGACGCACUGCUCCUGGUUGGUGAGGGGAAGGGUAACCGCAGACCUGAUGCGAGUGUCUGAGGAAGCCGUUUUAGACGUCCUGGGUUCUAGGAACAUUGGAAGCUAAACAAAAUGCGGCUUGGCCGGCUCUGGGGGAAGCGCAGUGCUUCCCUGUGAAGGGUUGAAGCCAGCCGAGCCGGCUGUCAGGUGAGACUGGGUGCGUCGGCCAGGUGAACAGUGCAGCUGCGACAAGGGCCUCGUGCCUGGAGCCGUUAUCCAGGCACGGGGUAAGUGAAGGUUAGCAGCUGCAGAGGAAGGAAGACUUGAAGGCAUAGGAACUACAAGGAAAGGAGCUGAGUGAAGGAAUAAGGUGGUCCACGAGAAUUGAGUCUGUUUUUUAGUUCCCCCAGAGUUGAACCACAAACGUGAUCACCUGAGGUAGUUGUGAAGGGUCAUCUGAAGAAGGGGUUUGGGGUGGAGGGGACCAACAUCUAACUACUGAGGAAAAGUGCCUAACACAAUGAGAUUCUCUCCACCCUCACUCCACAGGGGCCCGAUGGAAAGGAGGGUGACAGAGGGGUGGCUUCACGGACUUGAUGACGGAGGGGAAGAAACGUCUAGGAUGGGCUUCUCAGGGCCAGCCCUGCGUGGGCUCCAGCUGAGAAACUGGAAGAACUACCUUCUAGCGCAUCUUAAAGAGGACUGCUUCCUCCUAGGUCCUCUUGCAGACCCUGCGUGGUCAGGAACUGAGCUCUGUGAUUCAUGAAUUUCCUCAUCGCAGUAAAACUGCAUGUCCGCUUGGGGAGCAAAGGCAGAAUUUCGCCCAGCUGUGUAUUUUUAUCUUCUUCUGGAUGCAGGUGCCUUAAUGAAGCUCUCGAAAUAUUUGAGGAGCUGCUCAGGGAGUGUUAGGCGGAACUGUUUGGACUACAUUGUUUUCUCUUAGCUUAUGUGAUCUUUGUUGGGCACUGGCAAAGAUGUGUGCGUGCGUGUGUGUGCAGACGUGCAAAACGGCAGCUGAGCUAAUACUGGGGUUUUCUUGUGAAGUCUUUCCACCUUUCAGUCGGGUGACAGUAGAACUGAGACCGGGCAUCGGUCAUUGCUUGCUGUUUGCCACCAGGCAUAAAAUCACUUGCACAACUCAUCAACCUUUCCUAUGAAAUUUAUGCUGAGAACUCCCCUCGCGUGUGUGUCGAAGUCCUGCAGUGAUUCUGUAGCAGCUAAGAUGUAAGCAAGUGCCUCCUCACGCUCUUCAGCUGCUGCUUUGCUGAGACGCCCUUUCCCUCUCGGUCCACCGUUUUCAGUCUGCGUACCUAGUGUGCGAGUUCAGACAGCCUUGUCGAUCUGGCCAGAUGAUGUUCCUCCUUCUGUCCACAGGCCAGAGCCCGUCCCAGGAAGAGCGGUGGGUGGUUCAUACACUGGAAAUGUAGCAGAAUUGUUGGAUUCAUGCUUUUAAAAAACACAUGUCAACUUCAGAGGAAGGGUGGGCCGAUCUGGUCGAGCUGGGUGAAACUCUGACUUUCCUGGAGGGGAGGCCUUACCCGCAGUGGUUUUGGCUGGAGGGUUCAGAGUCACUUUUGUUCCCUUUUGCAUUCAGGGGAGGGACUUCCCUGCACAGAGCCCUGGUUUUGUGGCUAUGGGGGUUGGAGGGAGCGUUCAAAGAUCAGAUGUGCUUUUCUUCACUUUGGAGACGAACACUCUGGGUUUUCGAGCAUUAACCUGUCUAAUCUUCACGGUGAAAAGAACACCUUCUCUGUUCUAGCCAUGCUGUGCAUGCUGCCUCCUCUGUUGGGGUCUAUAUAAAUGUGUUGAACUCUUACCUACAUUCCAAAGAAGUUUUGCGGAACCAUGAAUAUAUGUAUACAUAUACAUAUAUAAAAUAUAUAUAUUAAAAUGAAAUUAUCUCUAUCAGGAAUACUGCCUCAGUUAUUGAACUUUUUUUAGAAUACUUUUUUUUUUAAGCUGAGAAGUAUAGGGGUGACAAAGAUGUUAUAUUGUGUUUGACUAUUUUCCAACUUGUAUUUUCAUAUAAUUUAUAUUUUUUAAAAGCUGAACAUUUAAAAAGCAAGAUGAAAAAAAGGAAAAGCAGGUGCUUUUUGAAAAUCAGAACUGAGGUAGCUUAGAGAUGUAGCGAUGUAAGUUUCUGUGUGUGUGUGUGUGUGUGUGUUUUUUUAAAUGCAAAAAAAAAAUUUCUUACAGGGGAGUUUUUUGUUUGUUUAUUUUAGUAGCUGAUGCUGGCCCAUCAUUUUGCUGGAGAGUUUUUUAUAUACUGUAGCCUGAUUUCAUAUUGUAUUUUAAACUGUGUGAGAUUAAAAGCAAAGAAAUUCAUUCAUAA